AUGUUUAUCUGUAUUUUAUUAUUGUUAGUACCUCAAAGCUUUAGGAAUUUACAAAUCAAAAGAUGCGCGGGUCAGUUGAAUUUUCAAAUUUCUCUCCUCCAAUAGCUGAGCUGCUGUAUCACGUGCAUACAUUGGACCAAUCAGCGUUGCCGGCGCGCCGGCUCUGGCUAUAUAAGCAGUGGCUGUCUCUGUUGAAGCACAACUAUUUUUCUUGAGUUAAGAGAAGCUGACGCUCACCAACAAUGGCAAGAACCAAGCAGACCGCUCGUAAGUCCACCGGAGGCAAAGCCCCCAGAAAGCAGCUGGCCACCAAGGCCGCUCGUAAGAGCGCCCCGGCCACCGGCGGCGUGAAGAAGCCUCACCGUUACAGGCCCGGUACCGUGGCCCUGAGAGAGAUCCGUCGCUACCAGAAGUCCACCGAGCUGCUGAUCCGCAAGCUGCCCUUCCAGCGCCUGGUGAGGGAGAUCGCCCAGGACUUCAAGACCGACCUGCGCUUCCAGAGCUCUGCUGUCAUGGCUCUGCAGGAGUCCAGCGAGGCUUACCUGGUCGGCCUGUUCGAGGACACCAACCUGUGCGCCAUCCACGCCAAGAGGGUCACUAUCAUGCCCAAAGACAUCCAGCUGGCCCGCCGUAUCCGCGGAGAGCGGGCUUAGACUGACCUGACAGUUAUCAACACAACGGCUCUUUUAAGAGCCACACAUCUGCCUCUAAGAGCUGUGAUCCUU